GUUGUUCUUCUUCUUCACCCUCACUAGCAUCUAUCUAUCUCCAUCUCAAAGCAGCUAGGCCCUUCUAUCUAGAGAGGGUGUGCACGCCACACCCCUCUUUAUGUGUGUGUGUGUGUGUGUGUGUGUGUGUGUGUGUGUGUGCAAACCCUUUAAUUGAUUAAUUUCACUAUGGCACUCAUCAGUGGUUUAACUUUCACAUUCUUAUUAUGCAUUGUUGCAUCAUCUUAUGCUGCUGAUCCAGACACAGAAUCACUUUUAAAAUUAAAAGCUGCCUUGCAAAACACCAAUGCAGCAUUGUCCUCAUGGAAUGAAUCAAUUGUUCCACCAUGCACUGGUGAUAAUGGCAAUUGGUAUGGUGUUCUGUGCUACCAAGGGCAUGUUUGGGGCUUGCAGCUGGAGAAUAUGAGGCUAAAGGGGACAAUUGAUUUGGACUCUCUCAAUGAUUUGCCUUAUCUCAGAACCAUAAGCUUCAUGGAUAAUGAUUUUGACAACACAUGGCCUGAGCUGAACAAGAUAGUGGGUUUGAAGAGCCUUUACCUCUCAAAUAACAAGUUUGCUGGGGAGGUUCCUGAUGAUGCUUUUGAGGGUAUGCAAUGGUUGAAGAAAGUUUACUUGUCAAACAACCAGUUCAUAGGUUCUAUUCCAAGUUCAUUAGCUUCCUUGCCAAGGCUUUUGGAGUUGGGGUUGGAGGGAAACAAGUUCACUGGCCACCUUCCCAAAUUUCAGCAAAGUCUUAAAUCAUUCAGUGUAGCUAAUAAUCAAUUAGAGGGAGAAAUACCAGCCAGUCUUAGUAAGAUGCCAGCUUCAUCAUUUUCUGGUAAUGCAGGGCUAUGUGGAGCUCCAUUAGGUGCAUGCCCCUCCAAAAAGCUAUCAAGGGUGAGUGUUAUUGUGGUUGUGGUUCUUGCUUGUGUGGCGGCACUGUUUGUGAUUGGAGCAGUGAUAUUUAUCCUUCGUCGAAGAAGAAAACAAGGACCUGAACUGUCCGCAGAGAGUCGACGUAGCAACCUCGAAAAGAAAGGAAUGGAAGGGAGGGAAUCAGUAGCAGAUGAUAGAAGUGAAAGGUCUGCAGGGUCCGGAUCCUCCGGCAACAGCAGAAAACUGGACAGCAUGAAGUUAUCUUUUGUGAGGGAUGAUAGAGAGCAGUUUGAUAUGCAAGAACUGCUGAGAGCCAAUGCUGAGAUUUUGGGUAGUGGUUGUUUCAGUUCUUCCUACAAGGCUUCUUUGUUAAAUAGGCCAACCGUGGUGGUGAAGAGAUUCAAGCAAAUGAACAAUGUUGGGAGGCAAGAGUUUCAGGAGCACAUGCUUAGGAUAGGAAGGUUGGAUCAUCCUAAUCUUCUCCCUCUUGUGGCUUACUACUACAGAAAGGAGGAGAAGCUCGUGAUUACUGACUUUGUUCAGAAAGGCAGCUUGGCUGUUCGCCUUCACGGACACCAAUCUCUAGGAGAACCAAGUCUUGAUUGGCCAACGCGGUUGAAGAUUGUGAAAGGCACAGCAAAAGCUCUUGAAUAUCUGUACAAGGAGAUGCCAAGUCUAAUUGCACCACAUGGACAUCUAAAAUCCUCCAAUGUUCUUCUGAGUGAGACUUUGGAGCCAAAACUGAAUGACUAUGGGUUGGUACCAGUCAUAAACCAGGAUCUUGCUCCUGAUAUCAUGGUGGCCUACAAGUCCCCAGAGUAUUUAGAGCAUGGUAGAAUCACAAAGAAGACUGAUGUGUGGAGUCUUGGUAUACUGAUCUUGGAGAUUCUCACAGGAAAGUUCCCUGCUAAUUUUGUACAAGGUAGAGGGAGUGAGGGGAGUUUAGCAGAUUGGGUAGAAUCUGUUGUCCCUGGAGAGUGGAGUAGUGAGGUGUUUGAUCCAGAGAUGGAGCAAAUUAGAAGCAGUGAGGGGGAAAUGGUGAAGCUUUUGAAGAUUGCAUUGGCUUGUUGUGAAGUGGAUGUGGAAAAGAGAUGGGAUUUGAAAGAAGCUGUGGAGAGAAUUCAAGAGGUGAAGGAAAGAGAUAAUGAUGAGGAUUUCUAUUCUUCUUAUGCUAGUGAAGCUGACAUGAAGUCUUCAAAGUCUUCAAAAGCUUUGUCUGAUGAAUUUAAUUUCCCCAUUAAUGGUUGAAUGAGGCUCACAUGAUUAUUACUUGGAUUUCAUUCCUAUCACCCCUGAAACCAAACAGAGAUAGCCAAGGUGUGGAUUGGGGAAAGGAAGGGUUAAUCCAUGUUACAUCACAGGGUUUCCAUGUUUUCUGCUCCCUUGAAUUUCCUCAGUGUGGCUAAUGAAAAAUUGAGGGGAACAAGGGCCUGAUGCCAAUCAAGAGAUGAGAUAGAAUAUAGAUUAGAGGGUGAAUAUAUCUUCUUUGUUUAAUUUAAAUAUAUUGUGAUUUGAAUUGCAUUAGCUAUAUUCAUCUCUCAAUUGGUAGUUACUAAGUACUGCCUCCAAUACUAUUCAUCUCUCUAGAGAGAAGAAAAUAUAUGGAUUAAACAAGAGUUAUCAUUCAUUCACACUUCCAUUUCAUUUGGACCUUA